UUUUCUUGGGUGAAAUCGUUCCUACAAACGCACUUCUGUUGGUAACGAUGGAUUACUGGAUGAAGUCAUUGUUUUGGAAUAAAUGUUAGUUCGGUCAUGAAUAAUACAGUUAUAUAUUGUUCUCAGGGUGUUGUGGUUGAUAUCUAAUAUAAUCAGGAAGGAUUAGAAUAAGAGAUGCAUAAUUUUGUUGUAAAGUUUGAAUUUUUUAUGGAUAGAUGCGUUAGGCAAUAUGGAAGGUUCAAUCUCAUAAAUUGAGCAUGGCGAGCAAGAGAAUGUUGUGGGAGGCGUGAAAUAAAACAAGAAAUAGUAACUAGAAGUUUUAGAUCUUUUCACCGAUAAUACAUCUAGUUGCUCAUAAAAGGUAAUUUUGCUUACAUCGGAGAAAAAAACCAAAGAGAAAUGGAAGUUUUCACUUUUGCUUUCUUGGCGGCGGCAAAGCAUGGUGACGGUGAUGCUAGUGUUUUCGAUGGUGGUGAGAACAGGGCCACAGGUACAGAAGAUGGGUAGAGGAAAAGCUACAUGAAGGCAAUGACAAUGUUUUAGUAGAUAGAUGCUACAUUUUCAACUCCUCAGAUUUAUGUGCAAGGAGUUGCCAAAUGAAGUUUACCAAAAUUUGGAUGGUGUUGGUGAUGACGAAAAAUGGUGGGAGGCUGUGGAGUUACAAAAGCUUAUUUUGGCUCAUAACAAUCUCGAAAUACUGAAAGAAGACAUGAGAAAUUUAUCUAUGUUGACUGUUCUAAAUGUCAGUCACAAUAAAUUAUCCUGCCUUCCAGCAGCUAUUGGAGAGCUUGCUUUGUUAAAAUCACUGGAUGUUUCAUUUAACUCAAUAACAAAUAUCCCUGAAGAGAUCGGCUCAGCAACUUCAUUGGUUAAGCUUGACUGUUCAAAAAACCUACUUAAAGAACUGCCAUGCAGCCUCGGAAAGUGCGUAGAUUUGUCAGAACUAAAGGCAUCAAACAACUGCAUAACUAAACUUCCAGAUGAACUUGUCAGUUGUACCAAGUUGAUUAAAUUUGAUGUUGAGGGAAACAAGCUUAUAAUGCUCUCCGAGAAUAUGCUCAUGUCAUGGACCAGGCUUACAGAACUCAAUGCUGCAAGAAACCUGCUCACUAGCAUUCCAGAUAGCAUAGGAGCUCUUUCACAACUGAUCCGCCUGGACUUCCAUCAAAAUAAAAUUUCAUCCAUUCCACCUUCAAUCAUGGGUUGCUCUUCACUUGCUGAGUUUUAUAUGGGGACCAAUUUACUAUCAUCACUGCCAGCAGAGAUAGGUUCACUUUCUCGUUUAGGAACUUUAGAUCUUCACUCAAAUCAGCUGAAGGAGUAUCCUGUGGAAGCCUGCAAACUGCAACUCUCCGUCCUGGAUUUGUCAAAUAACUCGUUGUCUGGCUUGCCUCCUGAGAUUGGUACUAUGACAACCCUAAGAAAGCUUUUGCUUACUGGCAAUCCCCUAAGAAGUCUUCGAAGCUCAUUAGUAUGUGGACCUACACCAACAUUGUUAAAGUAUCUGCGAAGUCGUCUCUCUUCCAAUGAAGAAGAAUCUACCACCACUCCCACAAAAGAUGAUCAAAUUGCUAUGGCAACUCGGGUUUCUUUGUCUUCGAAGGAGUUAAAUUUAAAUGGUCUAGGAUUGACCUGUGUACCACCUGCAGUUUGGGAGACAGAUGAGGUGGUGAAAGUUAAUCUUUCUAGAAAUUCAAUUGAAGAGCUACCAAAUGAACUAUCAACCUGUUCCUCAAUUCAGGUUUUGGUUUUGUCCGGGAACAAGAUAAAAGAAUGGCCAGGGGCAGUACUGUCUUCUCUUCCCAAUCUUUUCUGUUUGAAGCUGGACAAUAAUCCCUUGGCGCCGAUUCCAUCUACUGGCCUUGAAGCCCUCAACAAGCUUGAGAUACUUGAUCUAAGUUGCAAUACGUCCUCAUUGCCAGAACCUUCUAUUCUUUCAAGCUUGUCACAAUUGCAGGAACUGUACCUGAGACGAAUGCAGUUGGGCCAAUUCCCUUCGGGCUUACUGUGCUUACGGCGACUAAGGAUUCUCAACUUAAGCCAGAACUCUAUUGUAUCAAUUCCUCAGGAAAUCAAGGAGUUGGCUUAUCUUACAGAGCUUGACCUGUCUGACAACAACAUUACUGCACUUCCACCAGAGCUGGGUUUGCUUGAACCCAGCCUACAAGUCUUGAAGCUGGAUGGGAAUCCGUUGAGGAGCAUAAGGCGCACUAUUUUGGAUCGAGGAACAAAAGCUAUUCUCAAGUAUCUGAAGGACAAGCUUCCAGACCAAUAAUUCUGUAGACAUGAGUUUCAAUCAAUUGAAACCAUAAAUUUAGCGGGCUUCUUAUUUUAAAUUCGAACGACGUGAGUCUCCCUUAGAAACUCUGAGUGAACAAAAGCUUGUAAUUGUUGCAAAUAAUUUUUUCAUCAACAACGAAUGGGUCUGUUUUUGGUUUGUAUUACUGGACCUCACAAGGAUCUGGAGCGGUGAUGUUUCUCGUGUGAUAUUUGCCAAUUUUGCAAUGUUAGAGUUUGUGCCUCAUCAGAUUUGACA